AUGGACUCCUCCACACUUUCAUCCCUUUCGAAAGGGUCAUUUUCAUCAAGCAGUGUAGGAGACUCGGCAGACCUCGAGGCAAAUUUAACACUCAGCGAUAGGCUUAAGGUCUUCAAGACCACUCACUUCGAUCCCAAUGCCUACGUCACCUCCAAAUGCCAGACCAUGAAUGAAAAGGAGAUAAGGCACUUGUGCUCUUACCUUGUUGAUCUGAAGAAGGCAUCCGCCGAGGAAAUGCGUAGAAGUGUUUAUGCUAAUUAUGCAGCCUUCAUCCGCACAUCAAGGGAGAUUUCAAAUCUUGAGGGUCAGCUCCUCUCGAUGAGGAAUCUUCUAUCCACUCAGGCUGCUCUAGUUCAUCGUUUAGUUGAAGGAGUUCGCAUUGAUUCCUUGCCCACUGGUCCUGAAGAUUCAGCUGAAGAGGACAUAUUGUUCGAAAAUAAGGAACUUUCCACAAUAGAAAAUUGGUUAGUAGAAUUUUUGGACACCUUUGAAGUUCUAUUGGCUGAGAGAAGAGUGGAUGAAGCUUUGGCCGCCUUGGAUGAAGGAGAAAGUAUGGUAGAAGAAGCUAAUGAGAGGCAAACAUUGAGCCAGACCGCUCUCUUAUCGCUCCAGACUGCCAUCUCCGAACAGAGACAAAAACUAGCUGAUCAGCUUGCAGAGAUUACCCGCCAACCUUCUACUCGUGGUGUUGAGAUUCGUUCGGCAGUUGUAGCUCUGAAAAAGCUAGGGGAUGGUCCGCGUGCCCAUGCGUUGCUACUUAAUUCUCACCACCAGAAAUUGCAGUGUAAUAUGCAUAGUCUUCGCCCAUUGAAUGCUUCAUCUGGAGCAGCAUAUACGGCUACACUCUCCCAGCUUGUCUUUUCCACCAUUGCCCAAGCAGCAAGCGACUCGUUGGCAAUUUUUGUUGAGGAGCCUGCCUAUGCUUCUGAGCUUGUUACUUGGGCUGUCAGACAAACAGAAACUUUUGCUAUUCUCCUUAAGAGGCAUGUUCUAGCCUCCUCGGCAGCUGCCGGGGGCUUAAGAGUUGCUGCCGAGUGUGUUCAUAUAUGCUUGGCUCACUGUUCCUUGUUGGAAGCUCGUGGAUUGGCGCUUUCUCCUGUCCUAUUGAGACUCCUUAGGCCCUGCGUUGAACAGGCGUUAAAUGCCAACUUAAAAAGAAUUGAACAGAGCAGUGCUGCUCUUGCCGCCGCAGAUGAUUGGUUGCUUACUUAUCCGGUAGCUGGUUCACGAAUGGGUUCAACUACAUCUCUUAGUAGUAUAUCCCAGCCCAAGGUUUCAACCAGUGCCCACAGAUUCAAUUCGAUGGUUCAGGAAUUUCUUGAGAAUGUGGGACCCAUUGAGAGCCUGCAGUUGGAUGGUUCCACAUUGGAAGGUGUUUUACAAGUGUUCAACUCCUAUGUCAACUUGUUGAUAAAUGCAUUACCAAGUUCAAUGGACAAUGAGGAGAACCUGGAAAGUUAUGGGAACAAAAUUGUCAGGAUGGCAGAGACUGAAGCUCAACAGAUAGCUUUGCUAGCUAAUGCAUCAUUGUUAGCAGAUGAGCUGCUCCCACGUGCUGCCAUGAAGCUUUUGCCCGUGCAGCAGACUAGCAGAGUUGAUGAGUUCCCUAGAAGAGCUUCAGACAGGCAAAGCCGUCUGUCGGAGCAAAGGGAAUGGAAGAGACGGCUUCAACGCUUGGUUGACUGCCUGCGAGAUAGCUUCUGCCGACAUCAUGCACUGGAGCUAAUCUUCACAGAAGAUGGCGACACUAGUCUCAAUCCACAAAUGUACAUAAAUAUGGACGGUAAUGCAGAUGAUCCUGAAUGGUUUCCUUCUCCAAUUUUUCAGGUGCUUUUUACAAAACUCACGCAAAUAGCAGGCAUUGCAACAGAUAUGUUUGUGGGCAGGGAAAGAUUUGCAACCGUUCUAUUAAUGAGACUCACAGAGGCUGUGAUCCUGUGGCUUUCUGGAGACCAAACCUUUUGGGAAGAGAUAGAGGAAGGGCCAAAGCCUUUAGGUCCUCUUGGCCUUCAGCAGUUCUAUUUGGAUAUGGAGUUUGUGAUACUCUUUUCAUCCCAAGGCCGUUACUUGUCUCGGAAUCUGCAUCAGGUUAUCAAGAACAUCAUAGCUAGAGCUAUAGAUGCAGUUUCUGCUACUGGAUUGGAUCCUUACAGCACAUUGCCAGAGGAUGACUGGUUUGCUGAGGUUGCUCAAAUAGCAAUAAAAGUGUUGACAGGGCCGAAAGCCAACUUUGGCGGUGUGGAUCGAGAUGCGACCAGCCCCACAGCAUCUAUAUCAGCAAAGUCUAUAUCGUCAGUCUUAUCUCAUGGAAGUAACUAGCUAGAGAUCAGCCGUUCUUAAGGAUGUGUAUUGUGAAUAAAAGAAGCUGCCUUUCUGCCUUGCAAUUGAUUAAUCAGCUGCAUGCCUAUGAUAUAUCUUUCAAACUUUCCUAUAAACUUUACUGGCAACGCAUGCAUUUGAUAGGCCUAAAUAGAACCAAAAUGAUCAUUUUUCUUACUGUCUGUGGGGUACUGUGGGGUUCACAUUUCAUAAUUAAAGUGAAGUACUGGAAAAAGAAUCCUAAU